CUACAAAUUGGCAAAAUUUUAGUUAUACAUUAUCAUAACCAAAUUAAAACAUUUUUCAAAAUUUAACAAUACAGUUUUGAUUUUAGAAAAAAUAUUUUUUACUAAAUCAUUCAAAACAUUAUGGUUAACCAUGGGCAUAGCUGUGAGGGUGAUCAUAAACAUGAUAAUACCCCCGAAAUGGGGCUACAGUACAGUUUAUACGAAAAAAUAGAUACUGAGAAUUUGGAAUGUUUAAAUGAAACCAAUGAGGGAAGCGGAAAAACUAUUUUUAAACCGUGGGAAGAAAGGUUGAAUUUUGAAAAUUACGUGGAAAGCGAUGCUGAUGAAGAACUCUUAUUUAAUAUCCCAUUUACAGGAAAUAUUAAAUUGAAAGGAUUAAUAAUUAUCGGUGGCGCAGAAGAAUCCCAUCCAGCAAAACUUAGAUUAUAUAAAAAUCGGCCACAUAUGACAUUUGAUGAUACUGCUGUAGCACCAGAUCAAGAAUUUGAAUUGCAUAGAGAUGAAACAGGCACUCUAGAAUAUCCCACUAAAGUAGUGACAUUUUCAUCUGUUCAUCAUCUGACAAUUCACAUACCGGGAAAUUUUGGAAGUGAUUCUACGAGGGUUUAUUAUAUUGGACUUCGAGGAGAAUAUACUAAAGGCCAUAAACAUGGUGUGACAAUUUGUACUUAUGAAUCUGCUCCGAAUGUAAGCGAUCAUAAAGCAGAUAUUGUAGAAUCAGUUUCUAAACAUGUUCAGUAA